GAUCAAGCACUAGAUUGCCCUGUAGCACAAAUAGAAAUCUGUCCCAAUUCAACGAGCUGUAUAAUGGUACGAACAACGGAUGGAUCAGUGUGGCGAAUUGAUUUCGACGAACAGCCAGGGACCACAGAGGCAUUGGAGGACCAUAGGAUAAAAAAACCUCGGCUUCAUAGACAACCUCAUGCUUCAGUUAUAUUUCAUCAUGAACGACUAAAUUACAUCAUUGCAACAUCCGCAAACGAAUUCUAUGGAUUUAUGGCGGAUCGAUCAAUCAUCAGAUUUGCGGGUGCAACUAUGAAUUUUCCAGGCUUGGAAAUACCAUUAGGAGAAAUAACAUGCAGGAUGGAUGUGACACGGUCCAAGAUACAUGUGCAUACGCUUUUGCAGCAACAUCUUUUCAUGAAUGAAGUGAGCAAUGGGGUUAUUGUAGGAUUAGCGGACGGUGCAGUGUAUGCAAUACCCUUUGAUAUUUCACUUCGCCCGAAGAAAUUAUUAUCAUUCACGGACGAAGCUGUCGUGUCGAUUCACUGCUUCCAUUUGUACCCGCAAUCUGGUCGAGGAAUGCAAGCAUCAGGAUAUAAUGCAGUUCUCAUAUUAGGGUAAUCAUAAGCAAACAGAAGGUGUUCGAGAACGCUUACGGAUUUUGGACAGAUCUAAGGGGGCUGUGCAUGUG